GACGGAGAUGCAAACACAGGAUUCAAGGAAAGAUUCCUAGCACGCUUCUCAUCGCAAGAAAAAUUACAUAGAUGGCAGUAUGAACUAAUGAAUCUGAAACAAGGGAAUGAAAAGGUUGAAACCUAUGCAUCUAGAUUUAAAAAGCUAGCAAACAGAGUAGAUGCAGGAGGAAUUCCAGACGCCUUUAAAAUAUGA